AUGGGUGACGCUGCCAACCAGAUCACAAGAGGCGCUCUGAACGCCAUCUUCAACGAACCAGAGAGGGCGGCUGCCCAGUUCCCAGUCCCCGUCCUGCAGUGCCUCCAGAUCAAACCACUGGCAGCGCAACAACCGGGCGGUGGUGAGAGGUACCGCAUCGUCCUGAGUGACAUCCAGAACUAUGUCCAGUGCAUGCUCGCUACCCAGGCGAACCAUGUCGUUCACGAUGGCAAGCUUGUGAAGAACUGCAUCCUGCGCGUCAAGUCCUUCCAGUCAAAUUCUGUCAAGGGAAAGAACAUCCUGAUUGUCCUCGACGUUGAUGUCAUCGAGUCCCUCGGCACACCAGACAAACUCGGCGAGCCCGUCCCCUUCGAAGCCAAGCCUACCGAUGGGGCAGCCAACACCACCAUCGGCGGCACCGGAUUCUACGGAGCCAAGCAAGAAGAGUCAAAGCCUGCAGUCAAGAAGGAGAACCUGCCCUCGCGCACGGGAGGUGCAUCUCAAAUCGGGAACAACGUCAUAUACCCCAUCGAGGCACUCUCGCCCUAUGCCAAUAAGUGGACCAUCAAGGCCCGAGUGAGCGCCAAGUCGGACAUCAAGACAUGGCACAAGUCCACCGGCGAGGGCAAGCUCUUCAGCGUCAACCUGCUGGACGAGAGCGGCGAGAUCAAGGCAACCGGUUUCAACGAGCAAUGCGACCAGUUCUACGACCUCCUCCAAGACGGCGAGGUUUACUACAUAUCCAAUCCCUGCCGCGUACAGCUCGCCAAGAAACAGUUCUCGAAUCUUCCCAACGACUACGAGCUGACCUUCGAGCGUAACACCGUCAUCGAGAAGGCCGAGGACCAGAGCAACGUCCCGCAGGUUCGCUUCAACUUCUGCGGGAUCGAGGACUUGAACAAGACCGAAAAAGACACCACCGUGGACGUUGUAGGCAUUCUGAAAGAGGUCGAGGAGGUUGCCACCAUCACCUCCAAGACCACACAGAAGCCUUACGACAAGCGGGAACUCACGAUCGUCGACGACAGUGGAUAUUCCGUGCGCGUGACCAUAUGGGGCAAGACAGCCAACAGCUUCGACGCCCCCUUAGAGUCCGUCGUUGCGUUCAAGGGCGUACGCGUGUCUGACUUUGGCGGACGCUCGCUAUCCUUGCUGUCAUCUGGCACCAUGGCCAUCAACCCGGAUAUUGCAGAGGCACACCGGCUCAAGGGCUGGUACGAUGCCUCAGGCCGGACAGGCAACUUCGCCUCACACAACAACAUGGCCUCCAUGGGUAACGCAACAGGCCGCAAGGACGACACCAAGAACAUCCUCCAGGUCAAGGACUCCCAGCUCGGCAUGGACGACACGGCCUACUUCACGGUGAAGGCGACAAUCGUGUACAUCAAGCAGGACAACUUCUGCUACCCGGCCUGCCGCUCCGAGGGCUGCAACAAGAAGGUGAUCGAGGAGGACGGUGGGUGGCGGUGCGAGAAGUGCAGCAUCACCCACGAGCGGCCCGAGUACCGGUACAUCAUGUCGGUCAACGUCAACGACCACACGGGCCAGCUGUGGCUGAGCUGCUUCGACGACACGGGCCGGGCCAUCAUGGGCAAGAGCGCCGACGAGCUCGUGGAGCUGAGGGAGAACGACCCGGAGCGCCUGGCGCAGGUCUUUGACGAGGCCAACUGCUCCAAGUUCAGCUUCAGGUGUCGGGCGAAGAUGGAUACCUUUGGUGACACGCAGCGAAUCCGAUACCAAGUCAUGACCGCCGCACCGCUCAACUACGUCGCUGAGGCCAACAAGUUGGCCGAGCUGAUCAAGCAGUACGAGCUCAACUGA